AUGGGAAAUUCGAUGAACAAGGAUAAAAGUGAAGAAGCUGUAGACGGAGGACAAUUAGUACCACACGGAAUGUAUAAAGGGUCUCAAGAUUGGGACUAUAGGGGUGUCCGUAAACUCAUCAUAGAACGCAAAUUGGCACCUUUCUAUAAAGGGCUUGCAGACCAUGACGAGAGUUGGGACGAAGUCACUUUGACAACCCACAACCUUCCAAAAAAUGGAAAAGGUUCAACAAUUAUUGAGGAAUGUCAACCAAUAAAACGUGCUACUACAUCAAACACAGUAGGAUCAACCAAAGGCAAAGAAGUUUCUACAAAGUCGUUGGAAACACAAUUAUAUAAGGGAGCAGUUGAAUGCCCUAUUUGUUUUUUGUAUUAUCCGCGAAAUAUUAAUCAUUCCCGAUGUUGUGAUCAACCAAUUUGUACCGAAUGUUUCGUUCAAAUAAAGCGACCCGAAAGUGGGACAUUAGGUGCUAAUAAUUCACCUGCUGUAUGUCCUUUCUGCGUUGAACCCAAUUUUGGUGUUUGUUAUAAACCUCCUUCAUUCAGUACCGGAAUUGGAAGUGAAAGUAUGCCUACUCCUAAUUCUGGUAUUUCCUUGCUACCUACAUCGUCGUCUUCAUCUUCACUUAGCGUAUCUGAUGGAAAAGCACGACGGAAGAGUGUUAGUCAUAAAAAUCCUGAUGUUGUUACUACCGAUCAGAUUCGACCGGAUUGGGCCAUGCGCACACUUCAACCUGCACGUCAAUCACCAGGUGCGAGACGACCUUCAACUACGACAUCGACUAGUAGGCGUGUUUUAGUUCGUCCGAGUGGAGGCAACAAUUAUGUCAGCUCCAAUACACCACCAGCUCGACGUAAUAAUCCUUCUACAAUUGGUGCUCCACCUCCUGCCGAAUAUGGAGGAUAUUGGGCAAUGAGAAUGGGUACUGAUUUAGAAGAAUUAAUGGUCAUGGAAGCUAUUCGAUUGAGUCUUAUGGAACAGGAUGAAAGAGGGAGGAGAGAAGCGGAACAAAGAGAAAGUUCGGAUAGAUCACAAGAUGAAAACCCUGAUAUCAUCUUCUCUUCUGAAGAUUCCACGUCGGGUACAAUUACAAUUUCGCAUUUAUCUAGUAAUGAAGGUGGCAUUGAAAAUGUCUCGCUUGAUGGAAAUCUGCAAGAAAAUGAUUGCAGAAAUUCUAAUGGCGAUGGUACACAAUCAGAAAUUGAUUCACAUUUAUCACGGGAUGUACAAAUAUAUCAUCUUAUUGAUGAGAAUGAAGAGGAUUAUGAAAUUUCAUCAACUUCACAUUCUCACAAUAAUAUUUCAACCACGCCAAUAAUUACAAGUACAGAAAGUGGAACGAUAACGAGCGCAUCUGCACCAUCUUCGUCAACAGGAUCAUCAUCGCCAUCUACAAAAGAUUCGACAACAACAAAUUCGACAACAGAUUCUACAACAAAUUUGACAAUAAAUUUGACAACAAAUAAGACAAAUGAUGUGCUAGUCGACCCAUCACCACCGCUAUCAUUUUCAAGAAACAAUAUUUUAACGGUGGCAGAAACAACAGAAGUGUCCGAAGGUUCCAGCGAACAAGAGAAUCCCCCAUCAUUUGACAUUACCCACAGAGAUGAUGUAUUGUUAUCUUCAGAUGAACAAGAUCAAACGUCAGAGAAUGCAAAUGAUAUAAAAAAACAACCAGUAAUUAUUUUGCCAAAUACAUCAUUAGUUGAAGAAGUAAUUGAGAGGGAUGGUGAUACAAGAGAUGCAAGAAGUGGUCAAUGA